UUUUUUUAAAAUAUUUUUUUAAAGCAUUACCCACUCUCCCAUUUGUUUAUAAAUAUGUACUUGUAUAUGUCACACACCAAUUUGGUUUUCUUGGUUCAUUCUCUCCCUUGCUCCACCACAUUUGCAACUCUCUCUCUCUUUCUUUCUCUAAAAUGAGCAAUCUGAGCACAGUUGAGUCCAAGCUACCUCCAGGGUUCAGGUUUCAUCCAAGGGAUGAAGAACUCAUAUGUGAUUACUUGAUGAAGAAGGUGACUUGCUGUGAGUGCCCUCUUAUGAUUGAAGUCGACCUCAACAAGUGCGAACCGUGGGACAUUCCUGAAACCGCAUGUGUGGGAGGCAAGGAAUGGUACUUUUACAGCCUGCGUGACCGAAAAUAUGCGACUGGGCUGCGAACAAACAGGGCCACGGUAUCUGGGUACUGGAAGGCCACGGGGAAGGACCGGCCUAUCAUACGCCGGGGUACCCUUGUUGGGAUGAGGAAAACCCUAGUGUUCUACCAAGGGAGAGCACCCAAGGGAAGAAAAACCGAUUGGGUCAUGCACGAAUUCCGGCUUGAAGGACCCCUUGGCCCUCCUAAAACCUCUAAUUCUGUCAAGGAAGAUUGGGUAUUAUGUAGAAUGUUUUUCAAAAACAGAGAAGUUGCUGCCAAACAAGGCACGGGAAGCAUCUAUGAUGACACAAGAUCUUCAUCUCUCCCACCCCUAAUGGAUUCCUACAUCACCUUUGACCAAACCAAUACAAAUGAGUAUCAUGACUACGAGCAAGUGCCCUGCUUCUCCAUUUUCACCCCAAACCAAACCACCCCUACUUUUUCUCACCUCACCCACAUGGACCCAAACAUGUCAACCAAAAGCACACCACCCACCUUUGGAGCUACUAUGCCUGACCUUGGCACAUGUUUGAGCCCUUUCUCUUGUGACAAAAAGGUCAUUAAAGUUGUUUUAGAUCAACUCACCAAGAUGGACCCUAACCCUAUUUUUAAAGGGUCACCAAGCUUUGGGGAGGGAAGUUCAGAGAGUUUCUUAUCUGAUGUGGUCUUGCCUAGCAUGUGGAACCAUUAUUGAUUUUGAGGCCUAAACAACUCAUGGUGACUUUUGAAGUUGUGUAGAACCAUAUAUUUAAAUUCUAAGUUAUAUAUAUAAGGUUUUUCUCUAGUAUAGUAUUUUGUGAUGUACAUAUGUCUCCUCCAUUGGCAAGAAUGUUAGCUAGAACAUGUGUAAGGCCUUCGAUUGUAGAUUUCUUUCUCUUCCAUAAAAUUAUGUUGAGAAAUUUGUUACCUUACCUAGAUCUCGUUUUAGUGGAAGUUUCAUACACUUAUAGAGUCAGAGUCGAUUAAUUUGAAUUAGAAUCUACACUAUGGUCGAUGAAAUGUAACAAUCAACUACAUGGUGGAAGGAUUCGGAUAAGCAAAGGCAUGUAGUUCGUUGUUUUUUCCUUUUGAAAGAAUUCAGAUGAACAAAUUUGUCAAUGAAAUUGUAGAGAGAAUUG